AAACAAAUUUAAUGUUGUUGAUGCUUUCCGCGAACUUUCGCUGUUAACGUUCAUCAUUUUUGUAGUUUUUCAGUCUAAACUCAGUGAAUUUGCGUGAAAAAUCCACAAGGAAGUCUCCGCGGGCCACAGCAACCUGCUCCACGAUGGCCGACGUACGGGACAUUCUCGAUCUGGAGCGGCCUCCGACGCCGGAGCUGACCAAGGAAUCGCUGCUCGCCCGCAACAAGAAAAUCUAUGAAAAGAAACUGGCCGUGAAGCGCCCGGAGGGCAUGCACCGAGAGGUUUUUGCCCUGCUGUACAAUGACAACAAGGACGCGCCGCCGCUGCUGCCGACCGACACCGGAACCGGCUACAAGUCGAACAAGGCCCGGCUGGGGAUGAAGAAGGUGCGCCGAUGGGAGUGGGCACCGUUUACGAAUCCGGCCCGCACGGACGGGGCCGUUUUCCACCACUGGAAGCGUGCGUCGGACGAGCCGAAGGAGUAUCCGUUUGCCAAGUUCAACAAGCAGCUGGACAUUCCGAGUUACACGAUGACCGAUUAUAACACGCACUUGAAGACGAACUUGACCAAGUGGACGAAGCCGCAGACGGAUCAUCUGUUUGACUUGGCGAAGCGGUUCGACGUGAGAUUUAUCAUUAUGGCUGAUCGCUGGGAUAGGGCGAAUUACGGAAGUAAAACGGUUGAGGACUUGAAGGAGCGUUACUACGAGGUGAUUGGAAUUUUGAACAAGGUCCGUGGAACUCCGGAGAAGAAGAUUUUCACGUUUGACGGCGAGCACGAACGGCGCCGGAAGGAACAGUUGAAGAAAUUGUUUGAUCGAACUCCGAAACAAAUCGAGGAAGAGCAGAUGCUGUUGAACGAGCUGAAGAAGAUUGAGGCACGCAAGAAGGAACGCGAGCGCAAAACGCAGGACCUUCAGAAGCUGAUCUCCCAAGCGGACCAGCAACAGGCCGAGCAGCAGCAGCACCAGCAGUCCGGAUCGCACAAAAAGUCCGACAAAAAGCUCAAGAAAAAGAUCCAACAACAGCCGCGUCCCUCCAAGGUGGACUCCGUCGUCAGCGCUGUGGAAUCGGCCGGCAUCAAGUUCACCGACCUGCGCGGAACCGGCGUUUCACUGCGCUCGCAAAAGAUGAAACUCCCCGCCAACGUUGGCCAAAAGAAGGCGAAAGCCCUCGAGCAGGCGCUGCAAGAGUUCAAGGUCGACCCGAAUCCUCCCCCGAUCGAGGAAAUCUGCGUCGCCUUCAACGAACUGCGCUCCGACAUGGUACUGCUGUGUGAGUUGCGAACCGCGCUGGCCACGUGCAACUUUGAGCUCGAAAGCUUGAAGCACCAGUACGAGGCGCUCUGUCCGGGCAAGACGCUCAACAUUCCGGCCGCGUUGGUGGUGGUUCCGCAGACGACGGAAGAGCUGCAGGGGGGUCCCGCAGGGGGAAUGGCGGAUGGAGGGGACCUCGGAGUGGCGGGGUUGAUUUAGG